AUGGUUGUUAAAAUUAAAAAAAGCUGUAUAGGAGGAAAUGUAUCGUUGUCGUUAGAUACAAAAAAUUAUUAAAGGAUGAAUAAAUACAUAAAAAAACUAAUUCAAGAAAAUUAAAGAAAUAAUUAAAAAAACACCCUGUAUAUCGCACAAAUAAAAAAAUAUGAUGGUAAAUUGUGUAUAUGGAAACUACAUAAACAAAUACUUUUCCUAUGUUUAGCAUUAUAUUUAAAAUAAGCAAACAAACAAAUAAAAGGAAUUAACGAGCAUAGCACAAAAAUAGCAAAAUUACUGUAAAUUAUAUAGUGAAAUGUUUUUACUACAUUGCCCAUAAUGCAUUGCCUGCAAUUUGCGACCUUUUCCCAACACAUCGCACGCUGGUUUACGUCCAGUUUACGGCAUUGUUUAGUCCAUAAGGGUUAAUAUCACUAGAGAUGACAAGAUGUUCAACAAAAAACCCAGAAGAAACUUUCGACAGAGAAAGCAGAGUUCCUCUGAAGAUGAAGAGCAGAGAAAAGCCCACGUGGAAGAAAAUGAAAACGUGAAGGCUUCAGUGGUAAACGCGUCGUUGAAAGCAGCGCCAGGUCGCGGGAUCUCAUGCAGUUCGAAGCGGGAAGUAACGCCUCCGAAGGCCGACAGUAGUGACGAAGAGCACCGAGAGAACCCGGAGCUGACAGAAGAGAAGAGUAAAAAAAAUGACGGGACUAACUGGAAGACUAAAUCCGUCCUAAGCUUCUCUGUCGAAAAAGAAAAUGAAGAGUCAAGUUUUCAAUUAAAGAGGACUUCUGAAAAAACUGUCCUGUUCCAAUCCAGAAAAAAGGAAGAGGCUUCACCUGCGAGGAACACCUUCAACAAAGGUGGUGGAGGUGGCAUAUCAUCUGCUUCCCCCAGGCAUGAUCAUUGUGAUGAAGCCUUGCUACAGUCUCCUAAACAUAAUUCUAGCAGUGAGGACAUCAAUAGUGGAGACGGUAACAGUGAGGACAGUAACGGUGAUGAUGACGAGGAUGUCACUAAUGGAGGAGGUGUUGAGUCCUCCUCAGCGACCUCUGAAUCAGAUUCCACCUGCUCUGCUCCCAAACCAAUAAUUAUCCCCAAUGCUAAGGAGAUCAAAGCAGCCAGGAAGCAGCGAUCUGCCAUUCGAGCCCAGAAGGAGUUUAUUUCACUGCGUCGGGACCGCCCGAGCUCAAACGGCAGCACGCCAGAUCACUACAGCAGGGAGGACGAAGAGGAGAGAGUUGACGACGAUGAUGAUAAUGAGCCAGAUGAUCAUGAAAGAAGAAUUGAAUUCGCUCCACGACUGAAGAGCAUCAGGGAGAGGAUUGCAGAGAAGUUAGGUACAAGUGGUGAGAGUUUGGAUGGUUCUGAUGAAGAAGAGCAGGAACUUUGGGAAGAAACACAAAUUGAAAAGGGACUUAAGAGACGACCAGGAGAGCAAAGCCCGUCUGGCAGUGACUCUAGCAGCAACAUCAGACAAGACAGAGUAAGGAACAAGAAAAGAUCUUCAAGAAACAAAAUCCCGAAGAGUCUUCCUCCAGUUUCUGUCUCAACGAUCAAGAAAAGGAUCACUGGAAAGCUUGAUUCCCUGAAAGAGGUGCACCGAGCACGGCAGGCAGAGCUGAGGAGAAUGGCGGGAGAUGUGGAGAACGCUACAGCCUCUAUGGAGCUGCUGGAGGACGUGUCCUCUGAGAGCCAGCUGAAGUUUUACAGGAACAUGACUCUUUACAUUCACAACUUGGUAGAGUGUCUCCAGGAAAAGGUUGUUGAGAUCAAUGCGUUGGAAGUGGAGCUGCACACGCUCUUAUCUGACCAGAUGGAGGCGCUGUUGGCUCAGACACGAGAGAGGAUUAAGGAGCAGGCUGACCGCCUGCAGCAGCUCAGCUAUAACACGGAUGAGCAAAGUAGCUCCACUGUUGAGACAGACAGAAAAAACAACAAAGAUCCUAAAUCUGAAGAUUGUGAUUUACCUGAAGAUGCUCAACUUUCUCCAGAAGAGGAGGAGCAGUUGCAAACAAGAAUAGCUGACAUCCAGUCGAGAUCCAAAGACGUGUUUUCCGAUGUCCAGGACGACUUCUGCUGCGUCAAAAACAUUCUGGCUCGCUUUGAAGAGUGGAGAAGAUCGUACUCGGAGUCUUACCACAAUGCCUACAUCUCACUGUGCCUGCCCAAGCUGCUGAACCCCAUCAUCCGCCAUCAGCUGCUGUCAUGGAACCCUCUACAGGAGUCAAGCUGCGGAGAGUUUGAAAACCACCCGUGGUUCUCGGCGGUGGAGACAUUUUGCCACGGCCACGGCCAUGAAGAACUGGAGCACACAGACAGACAGACGCUGUCCAGCACUAUAGAGAAGACGGUUCUACCAAAAAUGACUGCUUUUGUGGAGCUGGUGUGGGAUCCCAUGUCCCACCAACAGUCAGCCAGUCUGUCUGGUGUUUGUCACAGACUUAAGGAGGAUUACUCCAUCUUUCAAGGCGAGCAGAGUAAACCAGUCAAGGGGUUUAUUGAGGCUGUGAUCCAGAGGCUGAGAAACUGUGUGGAUGAAGAUGUUUUCAUACCUCUUUAUCCCAAAAGGUGUCUGGAUGACAGAUCUUCACCUCAGUGUCGCUUCAGGGAUCAGCAGUUCUGGACAGGCGUGAAACUUCUAGGUAACAUGGGCAGGUGGGAUCUCCUGCUUCCUGAGGCUGUUUUAAAGGAACUGAUGCUGGAUAAACUGUUGAACCGAUACCUCAUGAUCACACUGUGCAGUCAGACACUAUCCAACACCACCUCUGCAUGCAAAAAGAUUGCAGAAUCUUUCCCAAUUUCGUGGUUCGAAGGAGACAGUCAGUGUUUGCCUCAGCUGCAGAAUUUCAGAAACCACAUAGUUCAGGACGUUCAUAGAAUCUGCAAACAGCAGCCUCCUGGAGAUCCAGACACCAAAUCUGCUGUUAUUGAAGACCUCAAGGUCCUGAGCAGAAUCAGGUGCUACGACUCCAUCAUGGCUUUGGCAGAAAAAUAUCACUAUCAAGAUGCCAUCUAUGCUCACCAGCUGCUCAACCAAGAGUCGCAAUAAACACACAAAUGUAUACCUGGACUAAGGAGCAUUCGCAGGAUAAUAAUUCGCAGGAUAAUAAUUCACAGGAUAAAGGACAGGAGAUUUUUCUAUUGUGAACUUGUAUUUUUUUUUGUAUCCAAUAGUUGUUUUUAAUGAAUAAAUAUUUUAAUUUGAUAAAA